AUGAACGGCAGGAUGAUUAGAAAAAGGAUUGAUGUCAAAUUGCAUCCGGAACAAGAAAUGGUAGUCGGUACCGAAAACUUUGGGACAACGGAAGGACACUCUAAUAAAGCUGUCGUCGCAAUCAAAACGUUACUAUGUAAUAAAAAAAGACCAGAGGAACAGAAACAAUUUCUCGGUGAUAUCAUUCAAUUUCUAGGAUUAAACCAAGUAGACGCAUCCGGCAAUCACUGCAUGAUUUUUGAAUUUAUGGCUGACGAAACUCUGUAUAGUCAUUUAGAAAAGUAUUUUUAUUCAUCAACUCGGAAAGAUAGACUUGAAUUUAGUCUGAGUAUUUUCGAUGGAUUAAGGCAUCUACAUGGAUUAUCUACGGAUUCGCACUCUGAUCAACUUCUCAUUUACAGAGGCAUUGCUGACCCUGGAUUAUCAAAUAUAAUUGUCCAUUUGGAAUCAAUUCCACAUAAUAGAGGAAAUAUUGCAUGCACGGAUCCAUUACUAUUUACUAAAUUAUCGCAAAAUCAUAAGAAAAGACCCACGGCAAAACUACCAUGGAAAGUACCAACAACUUCAAAUAUAGAUGGGUUCCAGCUGAGUGCGCCUCGUGAUAAAAUGGCUUUUGAAAAAUCGUGA